GCGCGAAAUUGAAACUCGAUAUAAUAUAGCGAUAUCGAUCACGGGAAAGUACCUGUUUUGACGUAUUUGCCGCCAAAUGCAACUUUAUUAUGGAAGUAAACAAUAUCUCUUUUCUAAUGUAAGCCGUGAAGCACAAUGGAACUUGAUGACGGACCAGAUAACCUUUUCUUUCAAGAAACUACAGUUGCUGAUCAGCAGGAAUCGUUUUCACCAACAGUCCCUGCCUCAACACAAGUGGAAAAUGAUGGAACUCAUGUUGCGGAUAUGGAUAUAGAUGGAGCUGGUACAACUAAAAAGAAAAGAACCAUAAACAGAGGACCAAAGCUUGAUUCCAAGAGACUGCUUGGAGCUCGUGGUUUACCAGCUAUUGACUCUUAUUUCAAAGGUAUUCAAUUCAAAGGAAAGGGACAUGAGUUUAAAGAUUUAGAUAUGUUGAUGGGUAAAAUUGAACACUGGGCUCAUCGCUUGUAUCCAAAAUACACAUUUGAUGAUUGUCUUGAAAAAAUUGAAGCCUUGGGACACAAAAAAGAAAUUCAG